AUGGCCGGCGUCGAUCUCGCGAUGGAAGGUAUUCCCAGAGGAUCUGGAAUAUUCAAAACCGCCGCGAUCUACGUUUUACGGAAAGAGAAAAGGUUGCUCACCACCGGACAGAUUACCAGGUACGCGCUCGAGAACGACCUUCUCGGGAACCUUCCCGGGAAGACGCCGGAAGCGACCAUGGCGUCGGCGUGUUACACGGACUUGAAGAAGAAGGACGUGAAUAAGAGGGUGUUUGCGAGACCGUCGGAAGGGCACUUUGGUUUGAGAGAGUGGGCGAACGAUCCGGAGUUGACGCACUUGUUGCAACCGAAGUUGCACAGGUUGGCGGAGACGUUUGAGGAGGAGCAGAAACCGAAGGUGGAGAAGCCUUGGAAGCAACCGGCACCGAUGGCAAAGCGUAAAAAUAAUACCGCCGCUAAGAAGUUCGUAGAUGGGAAGCCGCGCAGGGAUAGACACGGGUUCGUGCACGCGAUCAUAGAGCCGAGCAGAGGUGAGUACGGGCCGCCGAAGAUGCAGAUGCCGCCGCCGCAACAGCAGUACGGAUCGCUUUCGACGCACGAUACGAUGGAUUUAGAUGCGUUGGUAGAUGCUGCGGCGAACCAAGAAGACGAGGACGACUACAGGAACAACGAUAACGAUGAAAACGACGACCAAGACGGCAACGGCGCGUAUAAUGGAGGAAAUGAUGAUCACGAGGAAGAGGACGCCAACACGAAGGACCAAAGCGGUGUAACCGCCGGUGUUGAUAAAUCGUUCGAUAACGAUCCGAACGCCGAGGAAGCGAGUCCCAGCAAAACUAACAUCAUUAGGAACAACAACAACGACGACGACGACGACGACAACAAAUCGGAAGGAGAAAGAGAAGAUAUCGCCGCCGAGAGCGAGGAGGAAAAUAAAGGAGAAGAAGAAGAAAAUGCGCCUCUGGUUUUAAUCAACCCGGACCCGAACCUUUCAAACGACGAGUACGAAGCGCACCUCGCGAGUCUCGUUCAACAGCAACAAGAGAAAGAGUUGCGCGUGGCAAAACGAAAAGAGAGAGAAAAAGAACGAGCUAGGACGCAGGAGUUGGUCAAAGCCGGAUUGAUUCCGGCGCCGCUGUCGGCAAAGAAAAAGUCCAGUUACGUCCCAGUUGCAUAUAAAAAAGACGGUCGUGGGCGUCCGCGAAAGCAUUUCGACGGGAUACCGCCGGCACCAAUUUUGUCUGUCUCGGCCAACGAAGCGGAAGAGGCACCGCUUACGAACAACAAAAAGGCGCGGUUUACGAGUACUGCUGUUUUGCAUCAGCAGCAACAGCAACAACAGCAACAACAAUUGCAGCUUCAACAACGACAGCGACAACAACAACAGAAAGACGGUUUUGAGCAGAUUCAAGAGCACCAUCAACCUCGCGCUGGGCACGAUUCGUUCGUAGUUGACACGCAAGGUGUCGACGGUAUAUCGCACGAAGAAAUCGCUAACGAAAGUAUCGUUGCGAAAGCUACGCGAGCGGGCAUGAAGAAUUGGAACUCAAAGGUGAACAAGUUCUACUCCACUGCGUUUUUCACGGAGAUCAUCGAUCCAAAACUUCCAACGAGUAUUCCGGCUUUUGCGUUCAAAAUGUCCCAGAACGAUGCGGAACGCGAGAAAAUUUUGACGCAAAACGCAAUGCGACGCGUCUUCAACGAAUUCGCCGAAGGUUGCGAUCCUGUCAAGCAAUCUUUGAACGAACUUUCCGCGUCGCUCGAACGUUUACGCGCUCAACAAGGUAACCAUGAAAACGUCAUGUAUUCCGCUUUGAUAUACGCCGUUGCGUGCUAUCGUUCGGAUUAUCCAGAAGAGGCCACUUUGGCGCUUUCGAAAGCUUGGGACGUCUACUAUUCUCUCAAAGGCGGCAACGAAACGAAUGCGCAAAACGCCGCGUUCAUGGAUAAAAUCCGAAAGGACUACGAGAAAAUCGUAAGCGAAGCGUUGGAUGCAUAA